AUGGAAACUGUGCAGCAGAUCAUCUCUGCCGGCGCUAACAUCGUGGAGGCAGCGGAUCUGAGCAGCAACCUGUUACGGCUCCGGGCGAGCUUUCCAAAGGCUCACAUCCUCAUCGAUCGCGCUGAGUGGGGCAGGUUCAGAGAUGUGAACCUGGCGGUGCUGCUCUCGCAGCUCAAGGACGCCACCUACGACGCUGAAGAUCUUCUGUUUGAGCUGGAUGACCACCUGCUGCAGCACAAGAGGGACGACACCAACAGAAGCAGCACAGGUCAACUCUUGGCUUUCCUAUUCAACAGUAUAAGAGUUUUGAUCAGCCGCAGCAAAGCAAGAGUAGAGGAUGCCCAAAGUAAUCUCGACAAGGUCGUCGGUGAGAUGGAGGGAGCACUCAAUUUUAUGGGUCUUAAUGUCGAGCCGAUGCAGCUGGGCAAGGCGCCACGCAUGCCAGAGACAAGUUCAGUGCUCAGCGAUCCCCUGGUGUUUGGACGUGAAGAAGAACAGGGCCGGGUGAUCAGUUUGAUGGGCGUACCACCCACCAUCCUGAGAUCAUCUGCCAAGAGAUUGAGAGGAGAGAGUAGCAGAGCCGAACAUCCUGUGAUGGUGGAGCAAGUUGUUACCCCUACUGUGUUGCCAAUAGUUGGCAUAGGCGGGGUCGGUAAAACUACGCUUGCUCAGCUAGUCUACAAUAACCCAAGAGUGAAAGCUCACUUUGACCUGAGAAUGUGGGUUUGUGUAUCAGACCUCUUCGACAUAAAAAGGGUCACCAAAGAAAUUCUGGAGCACACCUCUGCUGAAGCACUGGAUUCACUAGCAAGCUUGAAUACUCUUCAGGUCGAACUCAGCAAACAGCUGACAGAGGAGAAAUUUCUUCUUGUUCUCGAUGAUGUAUGGCCCAGUGCCAAUGAGGAAUGGCCAAGAUUCUCAGCGCCGCUGAGGCAUGGACGUCAAGGCAGCAUGGUCCUAGUGACAACUAGAUCUCUAACGGUUGCCGACCUUGUUGCCACCACUGAGCCCGCAUCUGCUGUUGAACUGCAAGGCCUGCCUACUGAUAUAUACUGGGACUUCUUCAUCAAGUGCUCAUUCGGUAAAGACUGUCCUCAGUUGUAUCCUCAGCUGCAAGAAAUUGGCCGUUCCAUUGUCUCUAGGUUGUGCGGGUCUCCUCUAGCUGCCAAAACUCUUGGGCGUUUGUUGAAUGCAGAGCUGUCAGAGCGACAUUGGAGGAGUAUCCAGAACAGCGAACUGUGGGAGCUAGCACAUCAAGAUAAUGAGAUAUUACCGGCCCUUCGUCUGAGCUACUUGUACCUCCCGCAGAAACUUAAAAGAUGCUUUGCAUUAUGCUGUAUGUUUCCCAAGGAUUAUAGCUUCGAAAGAGAUGAGAUAAUUGACCUUUGGGCAUCACACGGCUUUGUUGCACCAGCAGGUAGCAUGCGCCUUGAAGACGUUGGGAGUAGAUAUUUGGAUGAUCUAAGUAGCUGGUUUCUACUUCAAGCUGAUCACAGGUUCCCUGGGCUAAGUAGAUAUGUAAUGCAUGACUUGAUCCAUGACAUGGCACAGUCUGUUUCAGUGGGUGAGUGCUUCUUGCUGCAAGGUCUGAGAAGAAUGCCACAAACAGUUCGACAUAUGUCAGUUGACGUGGGUGAUGCAACUCUAAGUAAAAUGCCAACAAGCCACGAAAAUCUGAACAAAUUGCGUUCUCUAAGGUUCGGAACCAAAUUUGAGGUUGAGAUCUCAUGGUUUAAUCAGCUCUCCAACAUCCUCUUUUUGAGCCUGAAAGGCUGCAAGCUGGUAAAGCUACCUGAGAGCCUUUGUGUCCUGAAUCGUCUUCGCUACCUUGAUAUAUCUCAUAGUAGCAUUCAAGAAUUCCCUGAAAAGUUCUGGUGCCUUUACAACCUACAAGUAGUUGAUGCCAGUCGUACAAGGUUGCAAACAAUUCAUGAGGGAGUAACAAAGCUAGUCAACUUGCGCCGUCUGGCACUGCCAGUGAAGUCCUCCCAUGAGUUAUCUAAGAUAAGUGGAAUUGGGAGUCUGUCUUGUCUGAGGAACUUGAGCUAUUUUAGGGUCGGAAAGGUGAGCGGCCGCAAAAUCGGUGAGCUGAAGGGCAUGAACCAGCUCAGUGGGAUGCUAUCUAUCAGAAAUAUUGGUAGAGUUCAGAGUAUGGCAGAAGCUACGGAGGCUAGCCUUGUCGACAAGCAAUACCUCGAGGAGUUGGUACUGGAGUGGCGAGUGCAGACAUGCGGCUGGAGGAUGGUUGAAAACGAAGUUUUUGAAGGCCUGCAUCCUCCUUCAAGAAUUGAGCGACUUAGAGUCGAAUGCUUUGGGGGCGAUGUUGCGCCAAGCUGGUUUAAACCUGAAAGCCUACCAAAUGUGAGAAAUCUGCAUCUUUCACGGUGUCGCUCACUCAGGUAUUUGUUGAUCCGCUUUCCAUCCCUUGAUCAGCUGGUGCUAUGGGAGGUUGGCAUCGAAGAACUCACAGCUCUUGCCGACGGUGUUGCCACGGAGGCAAGCAGCAAUGGUGGCCAUUCCCCACUUCCAAGCCUAGCUAGCUUAAGACUUUUUAGCUGUCGUAAGCUGACAAAUCUUGACCACUUCUUGCGCCCGCAGUAUCUGCCAUUCAUCAAAUCGAUCGAGAUUGUGUGGUGUACAAGUCUACUGUCGAUGCCAGUCUCUAGUUUUGAGGGUUUUGUUUGUCUCCAAGAUCUCAAGAUCCAUUCCUGCUGGAAGUUGGUGUGCCCAAGCGAAGCAAUUGUUUUGCCUCCUUCACUCCAACGACUUUCCAUUUGCUACUGCGGCGAACUUGACAAGUCAUUUCGACCGGCCUGCUUAGAGAACCUUGCCUCUCUAAUCCUUGUGCAAUUGGAAGGCUGUCACAACGUGGAGGUCGUUGCACUGAACUGCAUCAGCACAAGCGUCAGAUGCCUGGUCCUUCGUCACUGUUCCGAGUUAGCAUCCAUUGGAGGAUCACAAGCUGCUCUUUCAUCCAUACAGCAUGUUGACAUAUCUGACUGCCCUAAGCUUGUUGAGGUGCAACAACCGUUGUUAAAUCAGGGAUUGUCGAUGCCUAGGGACAAGGAACUGCAUACAUUUCUCCAAUAUACCUGGUAG